UUCCUUCAACCCAUGGCUCUACAAGCUUGCUCAUUUCUGUCCUCAAACCAGUGCCACAACCCUCCCUAUUUUCCUAAUUUCUCUCGUACCAAAACCCUACUCUCUGUAUCAGCUCCGAGAUUCCCUUUUUUAUCUCAAAUUCACGCUUUAAAAACAGGCAUUGACAACGACAGAAAGGCCCUGCUACCUUCGCUUUGCUUCAGCAGGAGAAACCUCAGCUUCCCAAUUCUCGCAUUACUCGUAAAUGGAUUUCUGCUGAAAGAUUCUAUAGCUAUGGAAAACCAAGAAUUGCAGCUGGAGAGAUACACAGAUGUCAAGGAGGGUUUCACUCUACUCAGACCCUCUUCUUGGAUUAAGGUAGAUAAGGCAGGAGCAACUGUUUUGUUUGAGGAGGCAAAUAAAGGGAGUAACAAUGUUGGGGUAGUGGUGAAUCCGGUUCGUCUCAGUAGUCUUGAAGAAUUUGGUAGCCCUCAGUUUGUGGCUGAUAAGCUUAUUCAAGCAGAGAAGCGCAAGGAGAGUACGAAGGACGCGGAGGUAAUUAGGGUUGCAGAGAGGUCAGGCCAAAGUGGUGUGCAAGUAUACGAAUUUGAGUACAAGGUUGAUAGCAGCAGGGGAGGAAUGAAGAGGAUAUUCUCAGCUGCUUUUGUGGCAUCGAAGAAGCUUUACCUUUUGAAUAUUGCUCAUUCAGAUAAGCCAGAGAAUCCUCUUGAUACUCACACCAGAAUGAUGUUAGAGGAAAUUAUUCACUCCUUUGAUGGGUUCAAUAUGCAGUUGAAUAAAUAAAACAUAAAUUGUAGAUUCCCAAUA